AUGGUGGAGCAGUCUCGUACUGCCAGUGGUGUAACCGUGGAUGAUGUGAACCUGGACGGUGGUGCACAAGUUGAAUCUCAAGCUGGGUCAGAGUCUGACGAGGAGGACGAGGAGGUUGACCCUGUGCCUAGCUUGGAGGAUCAGAAAGCUCUUCUGAAAGAAGAAAGAGCAUGCCGGAAGAAGGCCAAGCCCAAGGAAAAGCCCAAGGCUAAGUCCCAAGCUCCACCCAGAAAAAAGAGGAAAUGA